AUGAAAGCAGAGGUUAAAAUUAAGCUGGAGCAAACUAAUGCCAAGUACGAAGCAGCUACAAACAAACAUAGGUGGGUGAAGCCAAGGAAGUAUGGUCCACACUGGGUGCUUAAGGGCAUCAAUGAUAAUGCUUAUGCGGUGGAUCUUCUAGAUUCCAUGGGGAUUUCUAGUACUUGCAUGUUGCUGACUUAUAUGAGUUCCGUGGUGAUAAUGAGGCUUUGUACCAUGAACAUGGGUCGAGUUCUUCUCAAGCGGAGGGCACUGAUAUAG